GAGGUUACUGAGGCAUCAAACACAGCUUAGCUCUUAGGGUCAAACCAGCAAAUAAACCAUAAACCAAAUCUCAACAACUUAAGCCAGGCGAAAAUGUCGAAGAUCAGCGUCGUUGUACUUGUGGCCGUGUCCAUCCUGCUCGGAGUUAGGGCUCGUCCCUCGGAUUCCGCGGAUGCCCAUGCCGAGAUCCGGAGCUUCGUGAACGAGCUGAAGCAGGAGGACGGCAGCUACAACUACCAGUUCGAGACGUCUAACGGGAUUGCACAGCAGGAGCAGGGCGUGGGUGGCUACUACGCCAGCGGCUCCUCGCAGUACUACACUCCGGAGGGGCAGCUCAUCCAGCUGACCUACACGGCGGACGAGAACGGAUUCCAGCCGCAGGGCGAGCACCUGCCCACUCCGCCGCCCAUUCCAGAGGCCAUCCUGAAGUCCUUGGAGUGGAACCGCAACCACCCGGAGGAAACCGGAGAGUACGAGCACCACGACCAUCACAGUCACAGCCAUGGUCAUGGUCAGGAGCAGCAGGAGCAGGGCAAGCAAUAUCUGCAGCCAGCAGGAGCUUUGUUAGCGCCUGCGUCCGUGGGUCCCUACGACAGGAAGGUUUAGGCCAGCAUCAUCCCAUACAUACAUAGCAAUAGCAAUAGCAUCCGCAUCCAUCCUGUCCAGAUUGUCUCAUGUUCUGGGCUUGUCUGUUUGCCUAGUCAAAGCACCCAACAGGCAGUGCCCGUCAAACAGCAGAGACAACUACAUCUGGAGGCGUGGGCACACCCACUCACCCACUGUAUAUAUAGACCCUCAUACAUUAACAUCAACAUGCUCCCGGGCUGCUCGGAGGUCCUUCGUCCUUCGUCCUGUGCCCUCUGACCCGGCUCCUCUGCUGUCGGCUCGACUGACGUUGACAUUUAUUGCCAGAGAUAAUAAUAAUGUAAUAAAAGAAAAAUACAAUUUAA